CGAACGAUCGUCGGCAUUCAGUCGUUUGUUUUGCCUCCAUGCGUGCUGACGUGCCGGAGUUCAUCGCUCAGUGAAUAUUAUCAUAAUUGCACUUUACACGGAGAUCAUCUGCCUUUUCCACAGUUCCUUUGUGAUAUUGACACUGGAUGGGCGCUUGGAGUGAUUUACAGCCAAUUUUGAAGUGAAUCAGCCAUGCAUCGGCACUUUUAUACAUCAGCAGUGCUUCAAGUAUCUCUCCUGGUCUUGAUCUUCUGUGCUCCAGCGAAAGGUCAAUACGAGGGUGACUCAUGCACACUGGACAGCGACGGCUCGGCAGGAAUAUGUACAUCGAUUAGAAACUGCCCUCAGGUUCUGAACAGUCAAAAUGCCACUCCGCAGCGAUGUGCCUUCAUUGGAUUCGAUGAAAUUGUGUGUUGUCCAGCACAAUCUGGCCCAUCAUUCAGCCAGACUCCGUCCAUCUCCACAAACUUCGCCCCUGCAUCUCAGUCAAACACCCCCAACAAUCCCAACAAUCCAUCUUUUGGCAGCAGUGAAGAGUCUGGAUUCGUCAAUAUACGCGGCGACGACGGAACGGACAGGAUAAGCAAGAGAAAAUGCGACGAGUAUUCCAAAUUGACCACCAGCAAGUUCGCCUUUGUGCCACUCGUGAUUGAUCCUCCUGUUUAUGAGGUGGAAGUUCCUCAGUGUGAUUACAGCGUGCCGCUAAUUGUGGGCGGAGAAGAAGCUAAAUUGGCGGAAUUUCCCCACAUGGCGGUUCUUGGGUGGGACAGCGAGAGCGUAAGUCAGGUCAUCGAAUGGAACUGUGGCGGUGUCCUGAUCUCUGAAGACAUGAUUCUCACCGCGGGUCAUUGCGCACAUUUCCGAGGAGUCCCACCAAAGUACGUCCGUCUCGGAGAUCACAACUUGGCAGAGGCUGACGAUGGUGCUGAUCCUCAGCAGUUCACCGUGCGAGAAGUGAUCAAGCAUCCAGAAUAUCGACCACCGGCGACGUACAAUGAUAUCGCCCUGAUUCGGAUAGAAGGACGACCGAGAUUGAAUAAGUUCGUGAGACCGGCGUGCUUGUGGCAAACCGCCAAUAUCAACUACACUCAGUGUGUGGCCACUGGAUGGGGGCAGAUUGACUUCUCGGGUCCCAAGUCCGACACCUUGCUCAAAGUCACGCUGGACAUCAUCUCCAAUGAUAAUUGCUCGCCUCUCUUCGACAUCAAUCGAAGGCUACGCCUGGGCAUUGUCGAGACACAAAUGUGCGCAGGCUACUUGGACGGCGGCAAGGACACAUGCCAGGGUGACUCAGGUGGACCGAUCCAGGUGGUGACGCCGGGCAAUAUCUGCAUCUUCCACGUUGUCGGCAUCACGUCGUUCGGCAAGUCCUGCGGCGGAGCGAACACGCCAGGAGUGUACACGAGGGUGUCAGCAUACUUAGACUGGAUAGAGUCCGUGGUGUGGCCGGGGCAUCGAUGCGCAACAGGUUGUUUGUGUCUGAUUAAAGGCAUGUGUUUCUCGUGGGGGGGAACACUUCCCGAAAAACCGCUUCAGCCGAGCAACAUUAGUGGUCGAGUGAUCGUCAUGGCGACAGUUGCCUGGUUAGUGCUCGCGAGUUGCUUGCUCAAUGCAGUGCAAUCGAAGCCCGAGCGCGGCUCGAUUAUAUAUCCCAAGGAUGAAUUUCCACCGGAGAGCAAUUGUAUUCGUCAUUCCGCGGAUAAAUUCCAGUUCUGCGCCAACAGUCCCACAACCGAUUGCCCAUCGCUGGAUUUGGGACAUGGCAGUGCCUUUGGACACGCUCUCCUGGGAGAGGUCUUCGAGAACAAGAGGAUUGUGUGGAGAUGCGCAGGAUCACUCUUGGCGCCUCAAUUCGUGAUCACUUCUGCCCACUGCAUCACCAGCUUGGACAACAUCAAACACGUUCGCAUCACUUCGAGCGCCACGGAGACAAAUGAAGUCAAAUCAACUGAUGUCUCAAUCAAUCACACAAUUCUCCACCCGGCUUAUCACGCCAAGAAGCUCUACUUUGACGUGGCCAUUGUCCGUCUCAACAGAUCAGUGACGAACUUUCAACCGAUGUUCCUGCCCACGUCUGACCUGAUGAAUCAGACAUUUUACUUGACAGGAUGGGCAAAAGCCCAGCGCAAUGAAUACAAUGUCGCUCUUGAUCCAAUGGAGAUGAUCACAAAUGACAAGUGUUCAACUUUUUUCCAUCUUCCUGAGCUGAGAAAUGGCAUUCUGGCCAAUCAAGUGUGCGGAAAAAUUCCUGAAAAGAGCUACAUAAAGCCCUGCACAGGUUCAAUCUUGAGAUCACUCGAAACCACCACACACAUUUUGGUGGGCAUUCCAUCAUUCACCUUCGGUUGCACCAAUGAGCGGCCCCUCGUCUUCACCAACAUCGUCUUCUUCUCACCCUGGAUCAGGACAAUGGUGGAGAACUUCUGGUCGCAUUGUGAGGUGGCCGAAGCAUCCACAGCGAUCUCGUCGCUUAUUCAGUGCAAAACUCUCUCAGCACUUAGUGGAAAAAUGAUUAUCGUGACGCUGUUGCUAGUUCUACUACAAAUAUCUCUCAGUUCUUUGACUGUUGGCCAAGUCGCCUUUUCUCCCCUUAAAGCUGACAUUCUGUUUCGGGAUGACUCCCCAGAGGUGGGCAGUGAAUGUCAGAAAUCCGCAGGAAGUGGCAUAUGUGUAUUCCCCGACAAAUGUCGCGUCACCGCCGAAAUGAUCAAUAUGGGACAGCCAGAAAUUUGCUUUUUCCAUCUCCAACGAAUACCAGUGGUGUGCUGUCCCAAUGCGAACUUAAUUAGUGAUACGCCCGAACCUGUGCCACCUUCGCCUGCUGCACCUGUGUCUGUUGCACCAGUGCCUGUUACACCAGUGGCGACGCCCGUUUCAUCUUUCCUGGAUGAUCUUCCUGCUUCCACAACUUCCAGUUCUUCAACCACAACAUCUUCUACAACCACCACCCCUUCAACUACCACGACUCCACCUCCCGAAACGAGUACCAGCAGGGUCACUCAACCAGCGAGAAGAACCACUGCUUCUACCAAACCCUCCCAAUCGUCUGAGAGUCCAACAGAACAUCUCUCAAUGAGACUGAGUGAUAAGAAAUGCAUAGAGUACUCUCAGAACUACACAGGGAAGGAAAAGCUCUACUAUGGUAUCGUCCAGGGAGACUUUGCGGGUAUUAGAGAGUUUCCUCACAUGGCAGCAAUUGGAGCGCAAGAUCCAGGAGGAAGUGACAUCAUUUAUUACUGCGGAGGAAGUCUUAUUAGUGAAAAAUACAUUCUAACAGCCGCUCAUUGUCUCACGAGAGGCAGUCCAUCGACUGUCCGUCUGGGAGAUCGCGAUCUCUCAGCAACUGAAGACGAUGCUGAUGUCAAGGAGUAUGAAAUUGAUAGAGUAUUUGUUCAUCCUCGCUAUCGCAGUGCCUCUGUGUACAACGAUCUGGCACUACUGAAACUCACUGAGGCAGUCAAAUUCACACCCUACAUCCGCCCAACUUGCCUUAACACCUUAAUGAACCCCAAUCAAACGGUUCUAAUAGCCUCGGGUUGGGGACACACUGCAUUUGGUGGAAAUGAGUCGGCAGUGCUGCAAAAAGUCCCCCUGGAUGUCUUCACAACUGAGCAGUGUGCCACUCAUUACACACCACAAAGAAGACUCGCUGAUGGACUGCAAGAGACGCAGCUUUGUGCAGGAUCAAGCAGUGACGGGAGAGAUACUUGCCAAGGGGAUUCAGGUGGACCCCUUGCAUACUCCAAAUAUAUUCCUGAGAUCAAAACUAGCAUGCACUAUUUAGUGGGAAUUACAUCCUUCGGCAAGAGUUGCGAAUGCGAGGAAUAUGCGAAAUAUGCGAUCGUAGAGAGCUUCUUCACCCCACUAUUGCUGGAUGGGCCCACAUUUUCCGUCGGUGUGGCUGAAUGCAAAUAUGAUAGUCCAUUAAUUGUGGGCGGGGAAGAGGCUCAAUUGGCUGAAUUUCCUCACAUGGCUGUGGUCGGAUGGAACAGCAGCAGGGAUAGUGAUAUUGAGUGGGGCUGCGGAGGUGUUUUGAUCUCUGAGGACGUCAUCUUAACAGCCGCUCACUGUAGUCUUAAGCAAAAACCAGAGUAUGUGCGACUUGGUGAUCACAAUCUUGUCAAGGAUGAUGAAGGAGCUGAGCCUCAGCAAUUCACAAUCAAAGAGAUUAUGAGACAUCCAGAAUUUCACGUGCCGCAGAAAUACAACGACAUCGCUCUUAUACGCAUUAGAGAAGCAGCAAAAUUGGGAAAAUUCGUGAGACCAGCUUGUCUUUGGCAGUCUGAAACUAUCAAUUAUACACACGCGAUAGCCACUGGUUGGGGUCAAAUAGAAUAUUCUGGGCCUAAAUCUGACGUUCUUCUGAAAGUAGCACUCAAUAUCACGUCCAAUGAGAAGUGCAAUGCUCAGUUUGAUAUCACUCGAACACUCCCCAAGGGAAUUAUCGAGUCUCAGCUGUGUGCGGGCUUCGAGGGCAGUGCAAAAGACACUUGCCAGGGUGAUUCAGACGACACCAAUCAACUGGGCAGCAAGUGUCUUCGUCAAUCCGACGGGAAGUUGGGCAUUUGCUCCAAAAUUAAGGAUUGCCCUGGCUUUCCCAAGGGCACGGUCGCCAAUAUUUGCGAUCUAACCGCUCAAACUGUGUGCUGUGCUCUGGAGAACCUCAACAUCACCGGAGAUCGCACGCAACCUGGGAACCAGAUCAAGGUAGGUGUCCGAGGCAUCCACACUAGUCGGCUCUCUUAUUUUGUCAAGAACGCUCAUGAGACAUACAUGAGAAUGUAUCAAGUUGUGUGGUGGCUGUUUAUUUUUCCAUUUCCUCCCAGUGCCGCGCAAGACGGCAUUGUCUUCAGGGAUGACUCGCUCGAUGUGGGAAGUCCCUGCACUAAUCCCUCGGGCAGAGGCACUUGCAUGUUUCUCGAAAACUGCGGCAUUUCCAUCCGUGAAAUGUAUAAUCGUCAGCCAUCGAUUUGCUACUUCCAUCAGCAACGCAUACCCGUGAUUUGCUGUCCCACCGACAACGUUAUCAAUCUCAACAUCAACAUAAAUGUACAGCAAACUCCACAGACGAUACAGCAAAUACCAAUUAUGAGUGAUUAUCCUAAUAUUCCAACUAAUCCUCCAUCUGCCUUUCCUGCAUUUGCAACUCCAGCAACUUCUACUCCUCCAGCCACUUCUGCCCCUCCAGCAACAACCACCGAUCUCCCCAGACCACAAAGUGUAGUUCCAGUUAUUUCCAAUAACUUCGCUGACAAAUCUCCAGAUUCUCCCACUGAUUCACCGAGUGUUUCGAGUGGAGUUUCUGACCUUUCGGGCAGUUCAACAGCUCCCACGCUUCCCCAAUUCCCUAUUGUCUCCAAUGAAAUUCCAUCUCAAGUUCCCGCUACUUCAAGUGAAAGUUCAAACAUUUCAGGCGGUUCGGCUGAUGAUCAAGUGCCACCUGAAAAUAGUGUUCCCAAACCAGCGGAUAAAAUACCUCAACCAUCAAUUGAUUCGCCACCAGUGCCAAGUGAUUUCCCGGGUCUGUUGAACGAUCUCGCCACUACCACGCCUUUCCACGUAGAUCUGCCAACUGAUUUUGAGAAUGAUAGUCCCGAUAGCGCGAAUCUCUUGCCAUCAUCAUCGGAAACGAGUGUUCCCAAGCCAGCGACUACAACACCUGAACCAGCAAUUGAUUCACCACCGGUGCCAAGUAAUUUCCCGGGUUUGUUGAACGAUCUUGCCACUCCGGAUGGCGUGGAUAAUCUCUUAGGCAAUGCCCCAACCAAAGAACACACAACUUCAAGUCCCUCUGAAAUUCCACCAAUCGACAAUGUUUCCAACUCCUUGGGUUCAGCAAGUGUUCCGAGUGUCGCCAACAAUUUCGGUGAUCUCUCAACGGACAGAGAUUCGGCAAGUGUUACUCCCACUUCUGACCUUGACUUCCUUACACCCAUAAACAAUAUCACGCAUAAUAUCACAUUUGACCCACCGGACAGUACUCAAGUAUCAGUCGAAGCGACAACCACGGUGGAAACUCCUCGCGUGAUAAGAGUGAGCACGCUAAAAUGCAGAGACUAUUCACAAAAUUACACAGAAGACAGCAAUAAAGCCACCACAAAGCCAGUCUCCGACAUUGACACUGUUGACGGAGGUUUUUCCGUGCUCGGGGAAUUUCCCCACACGGCAUCAAUUGCGGCCGACGAUCCAGAAGACGAGAAUGGACUGAUCUUCUACUGUGGUGGUACUCUUAUAAGUGAAAGGUAUGUGUUGACUGCUGCACAUUGCUUCGUGCGAGACAGUCCAACAACCGUUCGACUUGGCGGCUUGGAUUUGGACACCGAUCAUGAGAAAAACAAUAUUGUGGAUCUUGGCAUAGAAAGUGUGUCCAUUCAUCCUAAUUUCCGCGCCAAAGCAGUGUAUGACGAUCUCGCACUGAUCAGGCUCAGUGAUGAUGUGAUAUUCAAUGACAUUAUUCGACCGGCUUGCCUCAAUGAUCGCGAGAGUUCCAAUGGUCCAGUAUUGACGACGAUUGGAUGGGGAAAUGCAGCGUAUUCAGGAAGAACAUCGAGAGUUCUACAGAAAGCGCGCGUCAAAACUGUCCCAUUGGAGCAAUGCUCAGUAUUUUAUCCAUCAACACGAGGAUUUACUGAUAGCAUAGUAAAUACACAAAUAUGCGUAACCGCAAAAUCAAGCGCAAGCGUAGCAAAUCCUUGCAUUAGUGAUUCUGGCGCAACACUUUCAACUGCCAUGUGGGACGCAAACAUCUCCGCCAAUAUAUACCACGUUAUUGGACUAAUGUCCUAUGGAAGGGGUUGCGAAAAUACUGCCCCAUACGUUUUCACUCGAGUCUACUCAUAUUUGGACUGGAUCGAGAAGAUUGUGUGGAAUACGACGGACAUUUCGCAGUUAAAUAAUAAUUAAAAAUAUUGUGCUAUAAGUAAUAUUAAGGAAUAUAGUCUGGCGAAGUCAUGAGAGAAUAAAACAAAGAAUGGUCAGUUAUUA